AUGGAUACUUCCAAACCGAAUGACUCGAAAGAGUCCAUACCGACGCAGCAUCCCUCUUCCGCGAGAUCAACGAAGUCUGUUCGUGACAUUCAAAGAAGUGAUUCGACUCCAUGCUGCUCAAAUGACAUCAUCCACCAUCCGGUCCAAGACCCACUUCCGGAGGAGCUUACUUCCUCUACCUCAAGGAAAUCAGUAUGUGACAUUCCAAGUGGUGAUUCUCCUUGCUGCUCUAAGGACAUCAUCCGCAAUUCUCCUUUAACGGAGGUGCCAUCUUCCUCGAAAUCAUCAAAGUCGGUCUGUUCGAAGGACAUCGUCCACAAACCAGUAGCCAAGGUGAUGCCAGUGGUCAAGAAGUACGAGGAAAUUGUGGGUCCCGGAACGGAUGCGAGCGUGGCCUGCACCCUGGCAUUUAUCCGCAGGCACUUGCGGAGGACCGACGAUGUAUCCUCGAUCAAAUUCAGCCAGUGUAUUGCUCAGGACCCACCUGCCUGCAGCGUGGUGACCUUGGGAGCAGAUGAAGAGACCAACAACCGCGUCCUCGAGCAAUCGCACACCAUGUCUCCCUCACAAACAGUACCAUCUGUCAUUCGUCAUAUUGAAAUGAGGACGGUAUCCUUCGUUGUGCCGAUGAUCGUCAAGUCGGUCCCUUUAUGUCGGUAUUUUAAUGUUAUCCAGAACCAGAACGAAGGACUUAAAACGGAUAAAUGGUGUAUCGCGAAGCAAACUGUUCUAGAGCCUGAUAGUGCGGAAUACGACUCGAAUGUCGUCUACAUAGAAGUAGAGAAUCGGGUUCUUUUGACCUAUAUCGACGAGGAGAGCGCUGAGCUCCUAAAGAAAAUAGGCAAAUUUAAAUUUAUGUUCUGGAAGCUCCGCGUGAACUUCUCGCCCUCGCUUUAG